AUGAAGAGAAGGGGGCGAUGCUUGUUGGUGUUUGUUGGUGGUGAGAAAAGAGGGUUGAAAGUGAAGAAAUUCAAUUCAUUAACUUUAUUUUUUCUAUCAUUUCCUCAUUAAGCUUUCACGAGCGUUCCCCAAUUUUUCUUCUUCGCAAACAAAACGCACCCACGGGGGCGAAGUAGCAACGGGAACAAAUCAAAAUUUCCCCUUUUUUCUUCAUUUUUAAUCAAAUCGGUUUGUGAGAUGAGGAAAACAGGAGGAACCGAGAAGAAGAGGGUCAGAAGGCAAUCAACUGCUGUUCAAAAUGCUGCCAAAGAUCCCAAUUCCGAUACUCCUCCUAGGAAACAAGCUGCAAAGAAGGAUGUGUUUCAGUUGUUUUCUGAGAAAGUGAGAGACCACAAGGAUUUAGAAUCAAGAUGGGCUGUUUUACAAGAGACACGUGUUGAGUAUUUUAGAGGCAAGGAUUUUGUUAGUUUUUUGAGAAAUCAUCCAGAGCUCAAGGAUAUUCUCGAUUCAGAUAAAAAUUUGGAAACUGAAGAUAUUGGCAAUGCAUUGCUAAGUAAGAAUCUCUUGGUUAGGUGUGAUCGUGUGGUGAAAACUGUUCGUCCUGGAAAGAGAAAAUUGUCUACAUGGCCAGCACAUCUGGAGAUAUUCCCGGAUCAGGUGUUCUCUGAACAGGAUGCCUUUUUUGCUUGGACAUUUGUUAAGCGGAGGCCAUUUUGGCAGACACUUCUUUCAUUUUGUUGGCCUGUGUUGACCCUUGCAAUUUGCUUGUUUCCUGUAUAUCCUCAUCAGUGCAAGCUUUUGAUACUUUACUCAUGUGCUGGGGUUCUGCUUCUUAUACUCUCGCUUCUUUUAUUGAGGGGAGCAGUUUUUGGUUUAUCGUAUAUUCUUCUGGGCAAACGUAUGUGGUUUUUCCCCAAUAUUCUCGCGGAGGAAGCGACGUUGCGAGAGCUAUUCCGGUUUUGGCCAAGUAAAGAUGAAGAAGAGAAACCGAAAUGGACAACUAGACUUUUUUAUGCAGUGGUGGCUGUACUCAUCAUAUUGCUGCUGAGGCACCAUGCUCCCGAUGAGGCUGCUAGAGCAAGAUACCAAAAGCGUGUAUCGAAUAUCAUCGAUGAUGUUCUCGAAUGGUCUCCAAGACUUGCCCUUUCAGGGAUGAUGGAGAAGCAGCAAACAGUGGUCAAUGCCACAAAUCCGGACCCCAACACGGCUGAGAACCCAACAAGUGACAGUACAGGUCCAGAUUCUAUCCCCGACCAACCUGAGCCUGAAACUAUUGACUAUGUAGAGCAUUCUGAUCAAUAUAAUCACGACGGUGAUCAUACACAUCAGUAGGCCUGUGAAUCUUUUGAGGAAGAGAAGAACCAUGAUAAACGUGUUCCUAUAUGAGCUUUGUUUAAUUAUUAUUUUUUGUUUUAAAAAACAGUUGGUUUUUGUUACUUAUAACCUUUUUUAGGAGUCACAGAAGUUGGUUUAUAUCUAAACUAAAGUGAGCUUUUCUUACUAAAUUCCUUCUUGAUUUACACCAAAAAUCAUCUGUGAGUUGUGUCAUGUACAUGUAAAACUUUUCUUUGAAAUGCUUCCUUCCAAUCAAGUCACCUCUUUUUUUUGUGGCA